GCUACCUACAUUUCAGAAAGCAUCAACUUUUCUCCAUGAGCCCAUUCACCAAGUGGAAUAUGCCUGUACUAUUUUAAAAAGCCUUUGUGCUUAAUCCUGGAAAAAUUUGCUCCUCCAAAAUGAAAAUGAGGACAUUUGAGAAGGUGAUUUAAGGUGUGGACAUUUGAGGAAGUGUCCCAUUAGAUCAAGGAACCAAAGAAUAAGUACUGAAUAGACUAAUCCUAAACACUUUUUAUUUUUUAAACUAGGAGGAUUUUAUUUUGACAGAAAAACAACUUUUAUUCAUUAUGUAUUUUCUGAAAUUAAAAGAGAGAGACAAGAAUAGACUUAAAAGAAAAUAGAUGAAGAUGUUUAGUAAAUAAACAAUGUCAACUCUCUUCUGAUGAGGAUAAUUCAGUUUCCAAAACCCUGGUUGUGGUCCUAAAGACAAGACUCUUCUUUGAUGGGACUGAUAUUAAGGGAAGUGGGACCUUUUGUAUAUUCAACUCACAGUUGUAGAACUUGCCAUCAUCAGCAUGAGUGGCUUAAAAGAGGAAAUAAAGAAGCUUUCAACUAAAUCUGAAAGUACAGUCAUUUUUUUACCACUGUGAUUUUAAGUCCUCUUCAUAACCAUUGAAAAAGAAUUGACAACUGUUUAAAAGAUUAAAGAAAGGCAGAUGUCUGCAAACAAUUCUCCUCCAUCAUCCCAGAAGUCUGUAAUACCUGCAAAUCUUCCUGCUGUGCUUCCAGCUCCUUCUCCGUGUUCAAGUCCUAAAACAGGACUCUCUGCGCGACUCUCUAAUGGAAGCUUCAGUGCACCGUCACUCACCAACUCCAGAGGCUCAGUGCAUACAAUCUCAUUUCUACUGCAAAUUGGCCUUACACGGGAGAGUAUUACCAUCGAGGCCCAGGAACUAUCUUUAUCUGCUGUCAAGGAUCUUGUAUGCUCCAUUGUUUAUCAAAAGUUUCCAGAGUGUGGAUUCUUUGGCAUGUAUGACAAAAUUCUUCUCUUUCGUCAUGACAUGAACUCAGAAAAUAUUUUGCAGCUGAUUACCUCAGCAGAUGAAAUACAUGAAGGAGACCUAGUAGAAGUUGUUCUUUCAGCUUUGGCCACAGUAGAAGACUUUCAGAUUCGUCCACAUACUCUCUAUGUACAUUCUUACAAAGCUCCUACUUUUUGUGAUUACUGUGGUGAGAUGCUCUGGGGAUUGGUACGUCAGGGACUGAAAUGUGAAGGCUGUGGAUUAAAUUACCAUAAACGAUGUGCCUUCAAGAUUCCAAAUAACUGUAGUGGUGUAAGAAAGAGACGUCUGUCAAAUGUAUCCCUGCCAGGACCUGGCCUCUCAGUUCCGAGACCCCUGCAGACUGAAUAUGUAGCCCUUCCCACUGAAGAGUCACAUGUUCACCAGGAACCCAGUAAGAGAAUUCCUUCUUGGAGUGGUCGCCCGAUUUGGAUGGAAAAGAUGGUCAUGUGCAGGGUAAAAGUUCCACACACAUUUGCUGUUCACUCUUAUACCCGUCCCACAAUAUGUCAGUACUGCAAGCGGUUACUGAAAGGCCUCUUUCGCCAAGGAAUGCAGUGUAAAGAUUGUAAAUUCAACUGCCAUAAACGAUGUGCAUCAAAAGUACCGAGAGACUGCCUUGGAGAGGUUACUUUCAAUGGAGAACCUUCUACUCUGGGAACAGAUACAGAUAUACCAAUGGAUAUUGACAGUAGUGACAUGAACAGUGAUGGUAGUCGGGGCUUGGAUGACACAGAGGAACCAUCUCCCCCAGAAGAUAAAAUGUUCUUCCUGGAUCCAUCUGAUCUUGAUGUGGAAAGAGAUGAGGAAGCUGUUAAAACAAUCAGUCCAUCAACAAGCAAUAAUAUUCCGCUAAUGAGGGUCGUACAAUCCAUCAAGCACACAAAGAGGAAGAGCAGCACGAUGGUGAAGGAAGGGUGGAUGGUCCAUUACACCAGCAGGGACACCCUGAGAAAGAGGCAUUAUUGGAGACUGGACAGCAAAUGUCUAACAUUGUUCCAAAACGAAUCGGGAUCAAAGUAUUAUAAGGAAAUUCCACUUUCAGAGAUUCUUCGCAUAUCUUCCCCACAAGAUUUCACGAACAUUUCACAAGGCAGCAACCCACACUGUUUUGAAAUCAUCACUGAUACUAUGGUAUACUUUGUUGGCGAGAACAGUGGGGACAGCUCUCACAAUCCUGUUCUUGCUGCCACUGGAGUGGGACUUGACGUAGCACAGAGCUGGGAAAAAGCAAUUCGCCAAGCUCUCAUGCCUGUUACCCCUCAAGCAAGUGUUUGUACUUCUCCAGGGCAAGGGAAAGAUCACAAAGAUUUGUCUACCAGUAUCUCUGUAUCUAAUUGUCAGAUCCAGGAGAAUGUGGACAUAAGUACCGUUUACCAGAUCUUUGCAGAUGAGGUGCUUGGUUCAGGCCAAUUUGGUAUCGUCUAUGGAGGAAAACACAGAAAGACUGGAAGGGAUGUGGCUAUUAAAGUAAUUGAUAAGAUGAGAUUCCCCACAAAACAGGAGAGUCAGCUCCGUAAUGAAGUGGCUAUUUUACAGAAUUUGCACCAUCCUGGGAUUGUAAACCUGGAAUGUAUGUUUGAAACCCCAGAACGAGUUUUUGUAGUAAUGGAGAAGCUACAUGGAGAUAUGUUGGAAAUGAUUCUGUCCAGUGAGAAAAGUCGACUUCCAGAACGAAUAACUAAAUUCAUGGUCACACAGAUACUUGUUGCAUUAAGGAAUCUACAUUUUAAGAAUAUUGUGCACUGUGAUUUAAAGCCAGAAAAUGUGCUACUCGCAUCAGCAGAGCCAUUUCCUCAGGUGAAGCUGUGUGACUUUGGUUUUGCACGCAUCAUUGGUGAAAAGUCGUUCAGGAGAUCUGUGGUAGGAACUCCUGCAUACUUGGCCCCUGAAGUUCUCAGGAGCAAAGGCUACAACCGUUCUCUAGAUAUGUGGUCAGUGGGAGUUAUUGUCUAUGUGAGCCUCAGCGGCACGUUUCCUUUUAAUGAAGAUGAAGAUAUAAAUGACCAAAUCCAAAAUGCUGCAUUUAUGUACCCACCAAAUCCAUGGAAAGAAAUUUCUGGUGAAGGUCUUUUCCCUGCCUACCCGUCUCUCCUCCUUGCUGUCGAAAUCCUUCCAGUUCUUCAGAGAUCCCUUAACUUGUGGCUCAUCUGAGAAGUCUUCCCUGAACCCCUCCUCCAAACUGUGUAAGAUCUACUUAGGCUACUAGUUGGGCGUAUUUAUCUUUUCACAACCACUUAUCUUCAGAACUAGAUUCUAAUCUCCUUGAAUGGAGACCUGUAACUUAGGUUCUUUAUAUACCACUUAAAACAUUAUUUAACAUUCCCAUAGCCUUUGAUAGAACCACUACUGGGGAACAUCCCCACCUGAAUUUAGCCAACCCUUGGAACGGGGGGUCUUUUUUUUUUGUUUUCCCAAAAGUGCCAGCCCUAAUCAUAGGGAUUAAUAGCCCAUUAAACUGGGAAAAAUUUGAGGAACAACAUAUAAAUAGUAGGCUCAUUUGGUAAUGAACAGAGCUAACUGAAGAAGUACAUAUGAGGGUUUGGGGAUGUUGCCAAAGUCAUCUUAGAGCUCCUUGGACAGUGUGGUCUGCAGACCUCUUAAAUCAGAAUCACUUGAUGAAUUUAUUAAAAAGAAGACCCUGCUGGCUCUAUCCCAGAGAUUCAAGACUCACCAGCUGGAUUGAUACCCAGGAAUAAAUACACUGAAUACAUUUUAAUAAAUACACCGAAUGAUUCUGAUGCACAUAGUGGACCACCACGUAAGGAACAAUGGAUAAAAGUCUGAAGUAUUUAGAAUACAGAGAAAUUAAUAAUUAAAAUACUUACGGGAAAAAAAUAACUUGAUUAGGGCAAAAACAAAAAUAUGGAAAAUCAUUGCUAGUUGGGUGGUAUUUAGAACUAGAAAUAGUAUAGUAUAAGUCGUUCAUUUGGCUCAUCCCUGGACCCAUGCCUUAGUAACAACUAUAUUGUUACAAAGGGAUGUUGUAGUUACCUGGUUGCUUUGGUUUUGCAGUUGGCCCAUUUCUCCAAAUAAUUGGAUAAAAUUUGUAUGCCAAGAUCUCACCACAUACACCAAAAUACCAUGAACUUAUUUGCUAAUACUUGUUAAGUAUGAACUUUUGGUAAUAAGUUAUCACCUCACUGUAACCACAUCUGUAGAAGCAACGCAAUGGCUUUGGCUACUUUUGCAGACCAAGCCCGAGACUAGAGAAGAACAUGGCAUCAUUGGGGAGGGAAAAAAGAAACAAAAAAAAUCAGCCUAUAAUCAGAGUCUGGUUUAUUCAUCUUAAAAAAUAAGUUAAUACUCAGCAUUUAUAUGCUGAGCACCAUUCUAAGCCCUUUAUGUGUAUUAAAUUUAUUUCAUCUUCUCAACAACCUCAUUUUACAGAUGACCGAGGCACAGUAUACUUUAGUUAACUCACCCUAUGUCACACGUAGUAACAACACCAGCUCAAGCAGGCUGGCUCCAGUCUGUACUUCUAACCUGCACUCUAUACUGUCUCCUAAAUAAACCAGAUACACUGUGAAUUCAGUAACUAUUUAUGGAUCACCAGCAUGUUAGCUUAAAGGCCAUGUCCUUGAGAAGCAAAAAUCCUCAACCUUAUAUUUCUAUGGAUUGAACUGCUUUCCAGGCAGUCACAGGUUUGGGAUGCUCCAUACACUCAAAUUCAUGUAUCUAAUUUUGUCUUUU